CACUUCCUUUUGCUUCGGUCUCGGAACGCGUGCACGUUACACCAUCGCCAUCUUGUAUAAAAAAACGAGCGCGCACGAGGGCAAAUUUUAAUUGCUCACUUUGUAUUUCGCGCGACCUUCACACAUGCAUAGCACAUUAUUUUUAGCCUACAGCCAUUCUUUUGGAAAAAGAAACAUUCCAAUCUCGACGGAAUUUUGCGGUCUUUGAACUUGAAUGUUUAAAAAUUGGAAGAAACGCCCACUUUCUUCGCUUUAGGUUAACGAAUUAUGAAAGAUAGCCAACAAAUGUCAGUUGACAUCUCUAGUCAAAACGAAAUGGCCUUGAGCGCACUACCGCCCGUCUCCCUAAAGGAAGCCAACAACAUCUAUCGGGUCGAUUCGAUUGUCCCCGACGAGAAUUAUCAUUUGAACUUAACGGACGAAGACGAAAAUGCGGAAAAAAAGUCGGCCGUCCCCGAUACCUCACAGGAAUCCGAGGACGACAUUUUAAAUAAAUUUGAAAGUUCCGAAAGCGAUGAGCCAAUCACGAACGGUUGCCCGGAAACCGAUGACAAGCUCGAAGAUCGACUUUUAAACGAUUGCAUUGACACUAAAGAAGAAAGUGUAAAUAAUACAGAAGUUAGUGACGAUAGGGACUUAAAUAACAAAAAAAGUGUGUUCAGUGAAAGUGACGAACCAGAUCUUAACGAAAAAAAGGACGUAGACACAGAAACAAAUGACACCGAAACAAAAGCGACUGACGAUCACGACAACAAAAUGGUCGCUGACACAACACCGAAUGACAUCGAGACUGAAAAAGCGGCUUCAGAUGAAGAUGAAAAAAAGGAAGAAAGUGAGGACGUCGAGAUGAAAGAGGAUACCGAAGCGAAACAAAAGAACGACGAAAUGAAAGAGGAUUCCGAAGCGAAACAGAAGGAGGACGCCGAAAUGAAGGAGAAAGCGAACGCGGAGCUCCUCAAGGAUCAAAUCUUGGACACCGAGGAUCUGCUACAAAUCGUCGACCAACAAGACACCGCCGACGAGCCGAACGAGAACAGCUGCAGCGGCGAAAACACGCCCGACAAGGAGGAGAGCGACGAGGCCGAAACGGACAAAAACGACGACGAGGAGGAGACGUCCGCGUCGAAGAACGACGACGACACCGUCGACAUCGAGGAGGACUCCCCGUACAAGGGCGAUUUCGAUAGCGAGCUCGAUAAGGAGUACGAAAAGAUCGUCAACGAGAAGGAAAAUGAGGAAAGCAACGAGAAAGCGGCGCAGCAAAAAAUGGAGGACGAUGUCGGCGAGAAGACUGUCGCUCCGGAGGAGAAAACCGCCGAGGAGAGUAUGGAAGUGACUGAAAAAACCGAGGAGCAAACCGAUGAAACCUCGGAUGAAACUAAAAGUAGUGGGAUCGAGACCAAAGCUCAAACUGAAAAUAGUGAUGCAGUCGAUGCAACGCUGAAAACCAAAAGAUCCCUAUCGGAACCGGACACAAGCGUAGAACCCAAACGGCUACGAUUGGAGGACGAAAAUGCGACAAACGAAGAUCAAAACUCCACGGUGGAAGAGAAGUCCGAGUCUCAGGUAGAAAAACCGCUUCCGACAGUAACCGAGUUGACCGCAAUCUCGGAGUACAUGCAGAAGAAAUCUUUAAAACGCUUAACUCGCGAGGAUCUCGAGCAGAUUUGCCUGAUGAAAAUGUGCGAGGCGAUCUGUCACAAGAGCGAAAUCGGCGAGCUGAGACACCAGCUGAGCAUACAGGAGCAGAUGGUCGACAUGUGGAGAAAGGAGGCGGCGGCGCUGGUGAAGCAGGCGCGCGACUUAGAAAUAGUCAAUAAAAGACUGCUACACGAAGUAAGACUGAAGACGGACAAGGAGAAGCCGCUGAUUCCGGUUCGGAUCACGAGAUCGGUCGGGCUUCAAGUGCGCUCGGACAAUAACGUCAUGUACAACGCGAUGCAGACGAAGCGACGGUUCGCGCGACCCACGACCACCGCCCCCGCGCCACCGCAGAAGCAGGUCCAGAGCAGGUUUAACCAGAACAAAUCGCCGGCUACCGGUAAAACUAUUGUUAACAAAACGGUGGCGGCCUCUCCGAAUAAACAGGCGUCCGCAUCGAAACCAAAGCCACUCACCCCCAAAACCCCCAACUCAUUGUUAUCGAAAGCCUUGCAAAAUUCUACCGCUCAAGCAGCAGCGAACUCGUCGACUAACACUACGACGGUGAGCAGCACCGUUGCGCCUCCCCUAGCUUCGAUAUCAAACACAUCUACCACGUCUACCUCGCCCGCCACGACGAAAUCCAUUUCGAACGCAUCUCCCAAGACCGGGAAGCCCACGGAAACGAAGGCGGGAGUUAUCGAUCUCACUGAUGAAGACGAGAAGAAGCCGUCCGUAUCGUCGGCAACCACCACCACUGUAAAUACAACUCAGGGCGUUCGUAUCGUUUCGACGCCCGUUAAAAAUACCAGCACCGUAUCGUCUGGUAACGUUGUGAAUCCGCCCCGCAUCAUGUAUCUCUACAACAACCAGCUGCAUCAAGGUGUCAUCACAGAUUCGCCAAAGGGCGGUCCCCAGAAAGUAAUGUUCAAACUCAACUCGAACGUCAUCGGUCAAGCGAACGGUGUCUUGACGGCGGUAACGAGCGGAUCUCCAAUCUCGGUCAGUAACGGCACCGUACGGACGAGCCAAGUCCAAUCGGUUCGCUUCUCCUCGCCGACGACGACGGUACGAACAUCGGCGUCGACGAAGGCCGUAGCCAAACAUCCCGCUCCCUUACCCCCACCUCCCAUAACGCAAAUAGGUUUAGCCGCAAGAAAACCAAUACCGCCCAAACCGCACCUGUCGAUCAGACGAUCGAGCGGCGGCAUCGUACUCUCGUGGAAGAUGCCGUACAUUUUAGAUAAUUACGAGGCGAUCGCCAGCUACCAGCUCUACGCCUACCAGGAGACGACGUCCGCGCCGAGCUCGGACAUGUGGCGAAAGGUCGGCGACGUUAAGGCUUUAGCACUGCCGAUGGCGUGUACGUUAACCCAGUUCGCCGACGGGAACAAGUAUCACUUCGCCGUACGCGCCGUCGAUGUACAAAAACGCAUGGGACCGUUCAGCGAUCCGGAACAGAUACUGUUAUGAGGGGGAGAAAUUCGUGUGUCGUAAUUUGUAAGAUUUAACUUAAUUUUAUUUUCUGUGGACGAAUCGCUUAGGUAAUAAAUUUAUUGAUCUUUGAAUAGUUAUCAAGACAUUUUGUAUUUCUAGAAUAAAGACGUUUUAAUUUUU